UCAACAAGGAAUCUGAGAUAAAAGGAAAAGGAAAAAAAUGGGCAGUGUCCAUUUUGAUCAUCAUUCUCUCCCCAGAGAGAUGGCACUAAUUCUCUCCCUUCUCCUCCUCCAUCUUCCCCUUUAUUCUGCUGCUGCUGCUGCCGCCUUCAACAUCACCACUAUUCCUUUCGACAAAGCCUUUGAUCCUCUCUUUGGCCAUGGCAACAUCGUCCGUUCCUCCGACGACAAAAGCGUCAGCCUUCUUCUUAACCAAUACACAGGUUCUGGGUUCAAGUCUUCUGACCUUUACAACCAUGCCUUCUUCAGUGCUAAGAUAAAGUUGCCAUCAGAUUACACUGCAGGAAUAGUUGUGGCCUUCUAUACUUCAAACGGAGACGUGUUUGAGAAAACACAUGAUGAAUUGGACUUUGAGUUUCUGGGGAAUAUCAGAGGGAAAAGGUGGAGGUUUCAGACUAACAUGUAUGGAAAUGGAAGUACAAGUAGAGGAAGAGAAGAGAGAUACCAUCUCUGGUUUGACCCCUCCAAACAGUUCCACCGCUACAGCAUCCUAUGGACCAACAAAACCAUCAUCUUUUUCAUCGAUGAGACCCCGAUCCGCGAGAUAGUACGAAGCGAUGCCAUGGGAGGAGACUACCCCACCAAGCCCAUGUCCUUGUAUGCCACCAUUUGGGAUGCCUCCAACUGGGCUACUUCCGGCGGCAAAUACAAGGUCAACUACAAGUACGCUCCGUUCGCAGCCGAGUUCAGCGACCUCGCCCUCCAUGGCUGCGCUGUUGAUCCCAUCCAAGAGGUUUUAGCCUCCGCCGGCUGCUCCCAGACCGAUGACCAGCUGGAGAAGACGAACUACGCCAUUGUCACGCCGAGGCAGCGAACGGCCAUGAAGAAGUUCAGGCAGAAAUACAUGUACUAUUCAUAUUGCUAUGAUACAGUGAGAUAUGCUGUUCCACCGCCAGAAUGUGUGAUUGAUCCAUUGGAGAGGAUGCAUUUUAAAGAGACUGGGAGGCUGAAGUUUGAGGAGAGGCGCCAUAAGAGGAGAAGCCGAGCUUCGAGCAUGAAGAGGAAGUAUGGAGAUGAACACGAUGAUUGACUUUCUGGUUUUUCUUUGGGUUGCAUUGUAUCAUUGUAUUUAUGACAGGAAUGAUUUUGGGGUUUGAAAAAAAUGGUACUUGGCCACGACAUUUCCUAUGUCGUUGGUGAUUGUUCAGUACAUAAUUUAUAAUUAUCAAUCAUUCACCGACGAUUUUUUGGCUAUUAAUGUUAAACGUCAUACUAAAUAUCAAAAUUUUAUGUCCGAAUAAUAUUUCCUUUUACAGUUUGAUUA